UGUGCGAGAACUGUCAGAUUUAAUUUUUCCUUCUGCCUGCAUUGGCUCAUUUAAAAAUGUGUUAAAGUGUUUCUCCGCUGUUUUAAACAAGAAAAUACAAAGUGCUAUUGAAAAUAUAAAGCGCCUCAGUUGAAUACAUGUAAAAACAAAAUAAUUAUGGCGGAAACAUUGCAUAAAACAAAAAACACCAACACUUUUCGGUACAAAUCCUUUGCGGAUCGUGUUAAUGAGAUUGAUAUACGCCGAUUGGCAUUAUACCGCAUUGGUCAUGAAAACGAAGAACUGCCAGAGGAAGAAAAUGAAACCAGCUUUCAUCAAACGCUGAAGAAAUGGAUAGUGUUAAACCUAACAGAUGAGUUCGGGCAAUUCAGCCGCAGAUGUCUGAAGGUGGUAACAUUGCCACAACUGGUGCAUAAAAAAGACUUUGUGAUAGAUCUCCUACUGGAGCGUCUCUCGACGGCCACUACGUUAUCACUACAGCCCUUGUUGGAAUUAUUGUACGUGUUAGCGCGCGAUUUGCGUGAGGAUUUCUACCCAUACUUCCAGCGCGUACUCGAUCGUCUAAUUUGUCUGCUGAAUACGCAAGAUGCAGAACAGCUAGAAUGGACACUCGUUUGUUUGGCUUACUUAUUCAAGGCGCUAAAACCAUACUUGAAGAAAAACAUUGGUGUGGUGUUUCAUGCCAUUUUACCGCUACUUGACGAACAGCGUUACGAAGAACAUGUAACCAACUUUGCCGUGGAGUGUUUCUCCUUUAUAGCACGUGAUGUGCGGGAUUAUCGAAAAUUCCUCGACUUCGUUUUGGACACAGUAGCGCGCGAGCAGGUGGACAGCAUAGCGGGAUGUGGCCGUUUACUCUUUGAAAUUGUGCGUGGUGUGAAAGGACAAUUCCAUUCGGUGGCGGGCGAUUUUCUGCAGUUUAUUUUUGAAUGUCUCGUUGACGAACAACGCGCCAAGUCCAAAGACAAACUGCAACUGCUCUGUGAAAUUGUGCAGCAGGCGGUGCAAGAGUUACUCAACUUUUUGUUGCCACAAAACAUGCCGCUCUAUUGGAAUAAACUCUGCAUUGUAACGCAAAACACAAUGUUAGCUGGUGUGGGCGCUUCGGAACGCUUAGUAUACAUACUACCGUUAUUCACACUAGCGGCCGAGCACCGCAAUGGUAAGCACCUGUGCGAAUUGGAUGUAGUGGUGCCGACUAUACUCAAGACACUAGACUACUGCGGUCAAGAGCCAGCUAAAGGGAAGGUAGAAGAUGCGCUACAUUUGCUUGUGGAAUUGGUUAGCAAAGUGUUAUUGGCAAAUAACGUACACUUGACACAAUUAGAUACCAGUCGUUUAAUGAAGAAAGCGUUAAGCGUGCGUCAGCGCGAUAUCUAUGCGCAAUUUGUGUUACUCGUCGGUGCGCAUGCGCAGUUCGAACUACUAGUGCUGCCUUCUGUCGUUGCCAACUUUGAGGAACACUUUGAUGAGCCCGCAUUUGAGUUGCUGGCACGCGUUGUGCUGCAUAAGCGCUCAUUGGCAGGCAAUGCUUUCGAACUGGAGUCCUGGCAACCCUAUAUUUUACACAUAAAACAACAAAACACGCUUGAAAAGCUAAAACAAAAAAUAAAAACGCUACAAUUUACUAAAAAUGAAUUAUUGGAGGAAAGUAAUGUUUUGCGCGAACAAAUCUUAUUGCUAAUUUUAGCGCCACAUAUUGCGGGCUUGGAAAAGGCGCCACUUGAGGCAAAGUUAAACACCAUUUUGACGCAAAUUUUAGACAGCUUGCAUGAAGGUAAUAACUUAGCGCAAAAAUUGGCACUAUACUCACUCGUGCUCGAGACGCACAUACAUCUCAAAUUUGAGUGCGCAACGGAUUUUGUGCAACGUGCCAUAGAAGCGCUGCUACCGCAUGCAACAACUAACCUACAAGCUUUAGGCGCGCUAGAUCAAUUGCUAAGUGCAGCACCGAAAUUCGCCGACGCAGAAAUCCAACGCAUAGCGGAACUUCUGGUGCCACUACUCAGUUCACAUGCGCAUGAUGUGCGUCUGCUUGCGGCGCAUUGUCUACAAACGCUGCAUACGCAAACAAAGCAAGCGCAUCCCUACAAGAUAUUAUAUGCCGCCGAAUGCAUCGAACCCAAUGUGCAUAAUUAUCGUGAGCAACUGUUGCAACUGCAACAACUCGAGACGGCCGGCGAACUCUACCGCGCCAUCGAUAAGCAGGAGUCACAGCGCGAUAUCUACAAGCGGCACAUACUGCGCUUUCUGCUCGGCAUGUUGUAUCACAACUUCAAGUUUGUCUGGGAGCCAGUGCAAAAAUUAAUCGAAUCAUACGCGCAAGUGAUGAGCGUCGCAGACUUUUGGACGAUUUACCACCAGCUGCUGCAGCAGACCGCUGAAAGUAUAGACUACACUGUAACUGCCGCGCAGGACACCACCACCGCGGCCACUGUAGAAAAUGUGGCUUGUUGGCACAGCGCAAUCUUAAAUGAGUUGCUACCCGCGGUACAACUACCCAAACAAACACAACAACAAUUGUUAAAUUACCGCAAUCUGUUGUGGAUGCGUCUGCCGCAAUUUGGACAAAUGGCGCAGCAAAAGAAUCGCGAUCUCGUCGGUCUCUUUCUGCAAUUCGUUAAUGAAGAAUAUCGCGCACGCUUGGAAAGACGCGAACUCACUUGGGAUCUUACGCAGCAGGCGGCGGCUCAAGCGCAGGAACAACUCGCGGAGGCAGAGAAUAUUGAUAGCGAUGCGGAGGAGGAGGAGGACGACAAGCAAACAGCACACCCACGCAAAACUGCACGUCGCGGCAAACAACGCAAGGAGCAACAAGGUUUCAUCGCCAAAAGCAUACUACAGACGCUACAAAGCAAACUGGGCGUAUUUGCCGCACAAACGAAUCCACGUUCCAUUUAUCGCGAACCUGAAUUGUAUGCGCUCUACAUGGAUCUGCUGGCUGGUCCGAACGCGCAGCUGCAACGCGCGGCGCUCGACUGCAUACUCAGGUACAAAUCGAAAUCCUUGACGCCACACAAGGAACACCUCUACGCGCUAGUCGAUGAGCUGAAAUUCAAGGAGGAAUUAGUGAACUUCAAAUUAGAUGAAGCGGUCAGCGCGGAACAGCGGCCAGAGCUCAUGAAAAUACUCUUGCGCAUACUGUAUGGCAAAAUGAUCACUAAAGGCACGCAGCGCGCGUUGAGCGCACAGGCGCGCAAAUCUUUGAUUCUACGCUUUCUGGGUCAAUGUACCACAGAGGAGAUUUUGUGGUUUCUGGAGAUGGCUUUUGGCAAAUAUGCCAAGUACACCGAAGCUGCUUUGUCGCUGGAGCAGAUACCAGCGCUAGUGUUGGCCGAUUUCGAUAUACACGCGGCGUGGUCACCGAAGAAACUGCAAAGCAUCGUAAAUCUGCUUGAGCUGAUACGCAAAGAGUUCGGUGGUCUAAUGAAGCGCGACUUCCAUAUUUACAUGCUAAAACUGCUGACAUUCGUGGGAAGUGCUUGCAAUGCCGUUCUGCAGUUGCCCGCCGACCAAUUGGCGCUCAUACAUCCGAAGAUGAGUGUGGUCUACAAGAAUGUGCGCAACGCCGCGUUGCUGAGUUUGGUGAAUUUCUUCGCGCACAUCGACGAAUUCGAGUGGGAGACAAUGCAGGUGCGCUGCUUGACUGAAGUCUAUGUUUGGCCAGUUGUCGAAAAGCUGCCGCAAGAUGCAAUACACACGCCGACGCCGCUGCUGCGUCUGCUCUUACAGUGGGGUGAGAAGCCGCUGCACUUCAACUACUUAGCGCAGAGACGCGCCGAUGCUUUAGCUACGCAAGAGACACCGAUAAUCUUCCACUAUGUGGUAGCGCUGUUGCUGAAUGAGAAAGCGAAGCCCGCGGUACGACGCCCGAUCAUGGCGCUCGUCGAGCGUCUGUUGGAGGAAAAAUCGAAAGGCGAACAACUGGAAGUCAAUGGCUUGCAUAUUGUGAAACCUUAUAUACCUGAACUGUUGAAACGCCUGCGCAUGAACUUUAGCACGCGCGCCGCCAAGCAAGCAAUUGACAAGCGCGAUCUCAAUAUACUUUCGCUGCUGACGGCGCAUGUUGAGGACGCGGCGACAUGUGACAGCUUAUUGCAACUUUUGCUGCCCAUACUUAUUGCGAAGUCGCAGCGCAACGCCAGUGAAGAAGUAGUCACGCAAGUUAUCACGACACUCGCAAAUCUCAUCAAGCAGCUCGACGCGCCGGAGAGCUACUUAAGGAAACUAGCACCGCUCUUCGAGCAGACGCAAGAGGUAAACGCGCGUAAAUUGUUGUGUCAGCUGGUCACGGACAUUGCACGCAAGCGCCAUAAGCAGGCUACACAGAGCAAUGACGUGGCGCUCACCGCACUGGCGACGCGCUUACAACGCACAGCGCGCCUCACCAACAUGCUGAACGCCUGGGACAAACGUUGGGUGGAGCAACCAGAUUACGACAAGCGCUUGGAUGCGCUUAAAGAAAUCGCGCAGCUCUUGGAUGCUGUAGAAGAUGGCGUUGAUAUAGAGCUGGGCGUGCUGGUGAUUUACAACUGCGUUUACUUCAUCAAAUACGAUAAGGACAUGGGUUUGCGCGACAAUGCAAGCGAACACUUGCGUCUGCUCUUACCGCGUCUUGCGCGCCGCUUUGCUGCCACGGCAGAUGAUAAACCCAAUUUGGACUAUUUAGUUGGCGACGUGGCCAUUAAUUUGCUCAGACGCUUAGUGCGCGACAACAACGAUAAUGUACGCUACGAGGGCAUACGCUUACUGGGCGAGUUGGCGCGUCAGGCGCCCACAACGCAUGCGGUCUUGCAAGAUCUGUCGCCGCUGGGCGAUCAACAAGACGCUGAGGUGGAUUUCUUUGAGAAUCUUACACACUUGCAAACACAUCGUCAUGGACGCGCACUGCUGAAAUUCUGCGCGCACGCGCAAACGAUAACGCGUCGUCUAUGCACGCGCACGCUGACAGAGUUUGUGCUGCCGCUAGCCACGCGCUACUUGCUGCAGGAGAAGCACGCUGGUAAGCAUACGCUUAUAGAUGCCGCCAUCGAUACAGUGGGCGUUGUGUGUCAACUGCUGCCCUGGCAGCAGUAUCACGCGCUGCUGCGCUACUACCUCACCAAAUUGCGCAGCACACAGGAGCAUCAGCGCCAAUGCGUGCGCAUUGUGGUGCGCAUACUCGACGCGUUCCACUUUGAUCUGACCCAAGCGCAAGCCGAUGCGCAAGCGCUGCAACAGCUACGCACAAAGUUGAGCAGCGAAGAAGUGGCGGAGCAAGCGGAGGAGCAGAACCAAAGCGCUGAAAAAACAGAAGAAGCUAAACAGACAAUAGACGAUGAAGAUGCUGAUGAAAAGGAAGGCGAAGUCGAUGAGGGGGACGAGGACACCGCACUUGCUGCUGAAUUGGCCGCCGCGGACACUGAGACCGCAACAGCGCAAGAAGAUGCCACACCCGCCAUUUGCGUGCUCAACGCCGCGCUGGUGCUGCCAGCUGGCGCCGCCAAACGCGUUAUGCUCACAAUCACCAGCAUACUUAUACCGACGCUCAAUCGCGCCAUCACCGAGCAGAGCUCCUACGACAACAAGCACAAGGUGAAUCGUAAGCGCUUAAGCGCAGAGCGCGAAGAGGAGGAGAUACUGCGUGUGCCGAUCGCUCUUGCGCUCGUCAAGCUGAUGCAGAAGUUGCCCAAGGAGCUGAUGGAAGCUAGUUUACCGGGUGUCUUCAUGAAAGUGUGUACCUUCUUGCGCUCGCCACUGAAGUCGGUGCGCAUGCUAACGCGUGACAUACUGAAGAAGAUUAUGCUCGCGCUUGGAGCCAGCUACCUUUCAAUGCUAAUGGACCACUUGCAAUCGCUGUUGACGCGCGGUUUCCAAGUGCACGUGCUUGCCGUCACGGUGCACGGCGUGUUGGAUGCGCUGCGCGAACAAUUGAAGCCGAGUGAUAUUGAAAACUGUCUGCACAAUUUGCUGGACGUAGCGUUGAAUGAUAUUUUCGGUGAAAUCAACGCCGAAAAGGAGAACGAGAAGAUCGCCGCGCAUACACCCGAAGCCAAACCGAGCGCCAAGAGCUACCUAGUAUUACACAUAGCGGCGCGCAAUAUCCAGGACACUUGCCUGCUCGAUCUGCUCAUGCCGUUCAAGGAGCAUCUCACGCGUUCGCACUCGCGUAAAGUCACUUUGAAAAUACAGGAUUGCUUUGCAAAGAUCGUGAGCGGUUUGGUGGAGAAUGUGCACAUUUCGCGCGAGAGCUUGCUCAUAUUCAUCUACGGCACAGUUUCGGAGAGCAUCACCGAUCUGCUGCCGGGCACACAGAAGCGCGCGCUGAGCGAGCAGGAGAAAGAGCGCAUGCGUCGUGCGCGACCCGACUGCUUCAUCAUACAACCGGCGCCGCGCACUCGUUCCGGCGCGGUAAACAAGCGCGUGCAGUCGAAUGCGCAAGCCAAUGCACAUAUACUCAUCGAAUUCGGUUUGGAAUUGCUGCAGAUCGUGUUGAAGCGCAAAAAGCUAGUGGAAGUGGACUAUCAACCAUUCUUGAACCCCUUACUACCACUGAUACGCGAUGCGCUGAAGAGCACACAUGUGCGUGUGGUGACUUUUGCCUUGAAAUGCUUCGGCGCCAUUUGGAAUGACGCGUACGAAUUGCCGGCGCUGCAACAGCAAUAUCUCAGCGACGUCGUGGAGCGUAUGUUCGAAAUAUUGAAGAACAUUUCCACAUUCGGCGCCAUCAAGCAGGACGAGAAUCUGCAGCUGGUGAAGUCAACGUACAAAGCCAUUGUGGCGCUUUUGCGCAAAUGCGGCGAUUACGAGAUGACGCCAGAGCAACUGCAACAGCUUGUGCUGUAUGUGGAGCAAAACCUGUACGAAGGCGAGCAUCAAGCGCUUUCCUUCUCGCUACUCAAAGCACUCAUCGCGCGACGCGUUGAGGCCGAAUCAUUCCAUCAGAUAAUGAAGCGCAUCGGCGACAUGUCGAUCGUUUCGCAGUCAGACUUUGUGCGCGAUGAAGCGCGCAACAUACUGGUCACCUACAUCAUGGAAUAUCCACUGAAGAAACGCGUCGAUCAGACCGUGAAAUUCUUUACAGUACAGUUGCGCUACACGCUGCCCUCGGGUCGUCUCUCGGUCAUACAAUUCCUACAUGCUUUGGUCAAAAAGUUCCCGCUGAAGAUGCUUGCCAAACGUGCGGAAUUCCUUUACAUUUCACUCGGUCCGCGUCUGGUCAACGAUGACGAUCCGGGUUGCCGCAAAGCGAUCGCCGAGUGCAUCGAGCUGCUGAUCACACGUUUGGAGAAAGCCGAUCGUCAGCGUUUGUUCGACAUGACGCUGCUGUUCUUCGAAGCGGGCAAUAAAGCGUCGGUGGCAGAAAUGGCGGCGUCGCUUUGCUCGCGCUUCCUGAACGCAGAGAAGCAAUCAUUUGCGCCGCGUCUCAAACUCGUACUACCCACAAUUGUUGCGCGCCUCACAAUGAACAAUCCAAGUGAGGCUGGCAGAUUUGUGCGUGCGCCGACCGCGCUGGGCUUUGAUGUGGACGAGGAGAAACUCAAGAAACGCCGAAAAUACAAUAAAAAUAAGGCCGCAGGCGGCAAACUAUACGAGGAAAUCGUGCUCACUGAGGAGGAAAUGGCCAAAACGGCUGAGGAGCAGCAACGCGCCAUCGAUCACGAAAUCAUACAAAUACAAUAUUGCCUGCUUAAGAUGCUGGACUACUGCGCCGUGGAGCUGCUCAGCGGCAACAAUGCCGAAUUGAGUCACGUGAUCGAUGAACUGGCCUAUGAAUCACAGAAGUUGCUCGCGCAUGAGCACGCCUGGGUGCGCUGCAAUGCGGCCAAAAUUAUUGCGCUCAUUUUGAGCAAUUACGAUUUUGCGUGUGUUGGCGCACAACUGGCCAGGGCACAGCAGCAGUCUGACUACACAAAUGGCAAUGGCGUGGACGCCAAUGCAGCGAAAUUCGAUUUCAUUUACACCAAUCCCGUAUACGAUAUUAAAUCGUUGGUGUUGGAUUUAUGCGCCCAAGUGGUGCCGGGCGACACGCAACAGAAUAUGAUUGACGAAAUAGUUAAGAUUUUCCUGUUCAUUGGCAAUAUGCUGCGCGAUGUGCCUUUCAGCGUGAAGCAGGAGAAACAGGAGGACGACGCAGCUGAGGAAAAAGAGAACACAGCAUUGGCACCGAAAGAGGAGCAUACGACGGCUACAAAAAUCAAUUUGUACUGGCUGGUGCGCAAUAUACGCUUUCUGAUUAACCGCGAGGUGACAAAGGCGCCACAUUCCACCGUUGUGCGCUCAGCACUAUUCACGCUAAUCGAGGGUCUGAUUACAUUGCUCAGUGUGGAAACACUGGAAACGCUUGCGCCACCACUGCUCGGUGCACUGGUGCGUGAGAUGUCCGAGGAGGACCAGAAUGUCGACAGUGACUUGCGUCAAUUGGCACUGCGUGUUGGUAGUCGUUUGCGCAAGCGCAUUGGCUCUGAUUUGUAUGAUAAAUUGCGCACGCGCACACAAACCACAUUGAUGCGUCGACGUGCGGAACGUAAGAAGGUGCUUGCACAGGAGAAGAUACACGAUCCAAUGCGUGCGGCAAAGCGUAAAGCAGCGACGCAGGAACGCAAAAAGUCGGCGAAACGCUUGAAGGCGAAUGUGAUGCGCGGCAAGGCGGCAGAUACGAAGCAGAAGCUGAAGAAACGCAAGCGCAAAGCAGAGGAAGAAUUAUUCUAAAUCUUAUUUAAUACUAAAUAAAUAUAUAUUUACUAUAGGAAUAAGUGUAAUUGAAGUGUUUGUAUAAGAAUAAAUACAAAGAAAUACAGUUUUAUUUAGAGAAAAUUAA